UCUUUUCCCUGGCCAUCCCAUUCCCUCUCUCUGCACCAGCACUAACUAUUCUCUGCACCUGCCUGCUGGACAGUUAAAUCAUACUUUACCACGAAGUUGGGUCGGCAGCAGGAUGUUUCAAGGUCCUGGGCAAUCUACGCAGCCCAAGAGUAACGCGUUUAGUCAACGGUUUGAUCUGCAGAUACAGGACAAGGCGUUGGACCCAUCCAUGAAAGAGAUCUCAAGAUGAUGACAAUCCUAGUGAUCGGGCUCGUAUAUGAUUUACUCCUCCAUAGCCGAGCGGCUGGUGAACACAUGGUGAAGGUUCAGAUCUGCAAAGAUGUCUUUGAGAAGGCUAUUGCGGAUUCUCUGAAUGAAAUUGAGGAGUCGGAGCUGAGGGAUCACUUUACAGAAGAGAAGAAUGGGAAAGGAAAUGGCAAAACAAAGUCAAAUGACCUGUCAGUCACCAAUGUGGAGCUGGAAGUUUUACCAGGAAUUCAGAUAUUAAACAACAGCAUAGAAAUAACAUUUCCCAUCCAAAUCAACUAUGGAGACAAAAUGUUCUACCAGAAGGGAAGGAAAUGGAUACAGAAUGAUUAUGUCUUCUUGGAUAUGGACAUAGUCACAAUCCUGCAGCUCAAUGUGAAAAGGGAUAAAAUAGUGUAUUCCUUGCAGGAUUGUGACGUCUUUGUAAGAAGUCGUGACACCAAUCAAGACAGAUCAUGGUUCUUAGAAGUUGUCACAGCGUUCCGGGACAAAUGGAGAAGGAAAGCGAAUCAGAAAAGCAGCCUCCAUAGUCACAGACAGGAUUACCCUGAAGGAUAAUACCUCUAUUAUAAAC